AUGUCUCCGCAGCGGCCUGAGACACCAACCAACCUGGCGCAAAAUGACAAUAGCGACUUGGUGGAGCAGAACCAGCACCAGCACCCACUUAACAAGAACAACAACAACAUCGCCGCCGCUGCUCCUCCACGCUCAAUCCUCGGUUCAUUCUUCUAUUCAGCGCUCCUAUUGACUUUCUGGGUGCUGGGCUUCUUACUCGCUUUCUAUGCGCCUAGCCCCCUUGACCGGAUCGAGCUUGUCGCCGAGUCUCCGUGGAUGAACGCUAUAACAUUUUACCGCGACUUGGGCCAGUGGACAAUCAACCAUGUCACAGCUGCGAAUAUGUUUUUCGUACAGUCCGCUGUGACGUGCUGCGCUCUUUUCUGGUUGUUGCACCGAGCAUGGCUCACUCUGUGGAAGCCAGUCGCGGAGCUCAUCAGCAUCUUGGGCGUAGAGGUCCCAGAUUCUCCCGAAGUUUUCCUCGCUGGUAUCAAGGCGGAUGCCGUAACGCUGCACUGGACACGCCCUGGGGCCAACAAGCCUGUGCUGAAAUACCUGAUCCAGGUUAAUGGGGUCAACGUGGGAGAGUCGUCGCGGACGGAAACCGCCAUCACCGUUACGGGCCUCAAACCGAGCCACUUCUACAACGUCAGGGUCAUCGCUGUGGGCCACAAUAAUUUUCAAGCCGGGAGCAAAGUCAUACGAUUGAGGACAUAUGGUCGAGAUGGGCGUCCACAGACGGACAGCGGGCGUAUACCUUCGAAUCUUGCUAUCGGGGAUCAACAAUCUACUACGCUUGUGGAAAGUAGCGAUGAAUCCCCAGCGGUCCGCGCUCAUGCGGCUGGUAUUGAAGCCGCCGCGGUGGCGGAGAGCUCCCAACCUGCCGCUCGAGAGACAAGCAGCACGCAUUCUUCUCAGAGACGAAAUACUGGAGGACGGAAGCAUUCGCCCUCAAAUCCUGCCGUGGAUCAUGUUGCCUUAGCAAAUGUCUCGAAGAACCGCGCCGAUGAAUCAAUGCAGCAGCUGACGGAAAAAUUCGAGGCCAUUCGAAGAGAAACUGAGGAUGUAAUGAGUCAAGUCGCAAAAGAUACGGAGGAGUUUAAAGUGCAGAUACUCGACCUAGCGAGGGAUAGAGAUGAAAAGCGACAAGCGUUGAAAGAGAAGGAGGAGGCAAGUGAAAAGCUGAAAAAGGAGGUGAACUAUUCAGAAAGAGCCAACAGACAAGCACAAAAUCGAAAAUCCCAGAAGGACAAAGUUCUGAAGGACAAGCAGACCGAACGCGCGAAGAUGCAGGCGGAUAUGACAAGGUGGAGGAAGGAAAUUGAGGCGAUGAAGAUAGAAAGAGAGGAAUGGCAAAAGGAGAAGAAGAACCUCACAAAUGCAAAGGAAUCUAGGGCCGAUGAGCUGCGGGGUAUCAUUAGGAAGCGUCAAAAUUCGUUAAAUGGCCUAGAGGAGGAAAUUAGAAUCAAGGGGUUGAAGAUCAAGGAACUCGAAGAGGAACGCAAGAAUCUUCCCGGGGCAGAAGAUGACGACGAAUCGAGGGAACGCGAUGCGGUGGAUAAACAGCGAGACUUGGAAUGGGAGAAGACUGAGCGGUCGCUAGCUCUGAGCCUCAAUGCUCAGCAGCUGCAUCUCCGGCAGCUUCAGGCAGAGUAUCAAAAUGCCCAAGCUACGCUCAGCGCCAUUAGCGCUCGUCAGGCAAAUAACCAGCUGAUGUAUCAUGGCAAUUCCUCCGGCGUCGAUUUCGAUCCUAGUGGCCAAGGAAAGGCAAAAUCUCGUAGAAGCCGGAAUCGCAAAAGCCGAACAAGCACAAUUUCUUCGCCUGUUGCAGGCUACCAGAUCACCGACUCUCCAUUCCCAAGCGCCAGUGCUUAUAACAAUCUCACCAACCCAGCACCUCUUAACUUUGCCCCCGGGCCCUAUUUCGAUCUAAAUCAUGACACGGCUAUGGUACCACUUUCGGAACAAAUAAGUGGUAUGAGUGAAGCAGAUGUCCGGGCGCUUACUAUGGGGGCUCCUCUAAGUCCCACCGCUACUUCAUUGCUGCCGUCGAAUAUCUUUGCCGACGACGAUCCACCAAGCCCCCGUGCUGGAUCUACAAGAUCUUUUGGCCCAGCUCUUUAUCACAAUAUUGGUCAGACGGCUCAUGAUACGGACCCUCAGUCGCCAGGCUCGUCGAGUCGCUCAGCGAGUCGGAUGUCAAGCCCCCAGGCAUCCUCCCAAAACCUCGCAAGGUAUGGAGUCUCUGGUCAGGACCACGCAACAGAGAAUAAAGGACGAUUCUUCGCCUCUCCGAGAGCAGAAUUUGGUAUUAUUGGAUCGCCAAGCGGGUCCAACGCUGUACCUACGCACAAGGGGUUGAGCAACAUAUUCACUUUCCCGAAAUCCCGUGCCAAAACAACUUCUCAGGAUAGUCCUGCUUUAGGAAGCCUCAAAACAGGCCAGAGCCAGUCAUUUCCACGCUCUAUAGAUGAGCCUGAAGCCACUGCAAAUAGGCAACGUCGAGUUAGUUUCACGUCUGGCUGGAAUGUUAUGCCGAGCUUCUUCACACGAAGUGCAACAGUCAAUGAUUCGACAGACAGUAAUGCUCCUGCACCCACGCGCAACCCGGCCUCACGAAGACGACGUGGCCUUAAUAUGUUUGCCUCUAGCAUUGAUGAUCCUAUCGCUUUCUCCGAUCGUGAUCCCAGCAGCCCGCGCCCUGUGUCAAUCGCAUCCUCCGACUUCCCACGACCUUCUACAGAUAGUGCUCCCUUUGGCUGGCCUGCUGCCGAAGGCAAUGCUAUCAACAGAAACAGUCCCUUGGCGGCAAAUUGGUCCGUCAACGUUGCCAAUUUCUGGUCCAGGAACCCAUCUCGGAGACCGAGCACACAAUAUGGCUCUUCGACAGCCCUUGCGUCAGGAAUUGCCAGCGACGAUGAUGAAUUCUUGCCGCCAGACACAAACAUUGGCCAAGCUAGCCCACCCCCAGUCGGUGUGAUUGGAACCAGGCCAGCCUCCUCCCAGAAACCGGUCACCCCAAAACUCAACCCCGCAGCGCCAACAUUCAGAGCUAUGUUCAGUCGUCCCAACAAAGCUGAAAAGGAUAAGGGCAAAGGCAAAGAAAAAGCCACUGAUCCAUCUGCUUCACCGGAAGAGACCACACAGCAAACCAGCGCCUCUUCUCCAUCAGAGUCAAGGAAGUCCCGUGAUACACACUCCGUUCAUACUCAAAAUAGUGUGGCGGAAUCCUCCGAAAGUCUUGAAAGGAUCAUUAGCGAUACACCAUCUGAGCUGAUGAACCCAGGAGCCCCCGGCUCUAAGGACAAGGAGUCGUCAUUCACUAGACUCCUCCGCAAAGGAAGCUCCAGCAAAUUCAGUCUUUCCUCGAUCCGUGGCAAGGACGCUGGCCUCUUCAGUAGCAAGAAAGGCACCAGUAGUGCUGCGAACUCUGACCGGGCUGAGCGAGAUAGCAGCAUUGAUUUUGGCGAGGAUGCUGGACUCGUUAGGAGUUUCGAUAGCGUGACCAGUAGUCCGAUGAUUGGAAGUCUAGGAUCUGGGGAAUGGAAGGGCAAGGAAAGAGACCCUGGCACACCAAAAGAGGGCCGCAUGAGCGUUAAUUGGGGUAGAGCAUUUGGUAGGAAGAAGGGCAAAGGUAGGGAGAGCUUGGACGUUGAUCGAAGUGAGGCUGAGAUGACUGGCACUGAGGAUGAGGAUGCUUGA